AUGGAUUUUGCACAAAUCAAGAGAGAGGUUUAUGAGGCGAUCUCAGGUAAACCAAUUUCGAAGUAUAUAACUAAUGCACUGGAUGUUAUUGAAGAAUCAAUAAAGAAAUAUGGAGUUGAAGGCCUGAGCCUCUCUUUCAAUGGGGGGAAAGAUUGUAUGGUAUUACUACAUUUGUUCGCUGCUGCCUUGUUUAAACAAUUCCAUGAUUCUAUCAAUACACUCAAUAUUCAAGCGGUGUAUAUUACAUACCCAAACUCUUUCGCUGAAGUCGAUGAUUUUGUGAAAGAGUGUGUUCGCAAUUAUAAAAUUGAUCUCGUUACGAUAGAAGGGCCUAUUAAACAAGCAUUGGAACAGAGACACCAGAAACCUAAAGAGGAAGAUGAUACUUUUGAGGGAUCAAAUUUCUCAGCAACUAAUAGAUUUUAUCGCACUCGUUCGACGGUCAGUGAUCAUGAACGAAAUCAGCAAGAAACGCUAAAUCAGCCUUCUCAUUAUAAACCCGGGCAGCGCAGAGAAAUGGCCACGGAUGAUAUAGUUGCUGAAAGGUUUAAAAAACGUUUACGCAGAUAA